AUGCAUUGUCAGGGGCUCUGUACGGCUCUGUCGCUUGUGGCCGCAGCCACUUCUCUUGCGUAUGCGGAGGGUGUGACGAAUGCAACAGUUGCCGCCAUAGGACCUGCGGAAGAACAGGUCGCGACGGACUCGUCGGCAUCGGGCAUUGACUACUUUGGCUUCGAAGCAACCCAGCUCACCGACAUUGUCAUUUCGAACUUGUCAAAUUCUGUUCAAAACAUCACGGAUGCAGAUCUCUUCAGCUUUGGUAACUCAGAUGAUGUCGCUUUACAAAAACGCGGUUCUACCUCAUGCAAGCUUCAUCCCAGCGAUCGACUGUGGCCGUCCAGAAUCAUCUGGACGCUACUUAACAAUGUGCUGGGUGGUAGGCUUAUUGAAGCCGUCCCGCUCUCAGCCGUUUGCUACCCAGAUUGGGAUCAGUAUGAUGAGGGCCAAUGUGAAGCAGUGACCGCGAACUGGAAUGAUCCUGCAUAUCUGGCUGCUGAUCCCACUGCAAUUGACUGGCCCAUCAACGAGGGUGUUACGUGCAUACCACCGUCCUUCGCUAGGCCCAACGCAACCUGCACCGACGGCGGUAUGCCUGCAUACGUCGUCAACGUUACCAAUGUUGCCCAGAUCCAACUCGCAGUGAACUUUGCCCGCAAUCUCAACUUGCGUCUCAAUGUCAAAAACAGCGGACAUGACUUCAAUGCGAAGUCCACCGGUGGCGGAGCCCUGUCUAUUUGGACACACUUUCUGACAGAUAUUGAAUUCCUCGGCGAAGCUAACAAGUAUGGCGGUCCUGCUUUCAAGAUUGGCUCCGGAGUCAGCACCGAGCAACUCUUCAAGGCGGCUGAAGCCCAUGGGUUGCAAGUCGUCGGGCCCCUUGCCCGGACUGUUGGUAUUGCCGGUGGUUUCUUCCUUGGCGGUGGCAAUUCGCCCUUGAUGCCAAAAUACGGCAUGGGUGCUGACCAAAUCCUCAGCAUGGAAGUUGUCCUUCCAGAUGGAAGAUUCGUCUCUGUUGACGAGAAGUCUCAUCCAGACCUGUUCUUCGCAUUGCGUGGUGCCGGACCUUCUACCUACGGUAUCGUCACGUCCGUCGUGUACCGCGCAUGGCCCAAGACCCCAAUCACCCGACUUACGUACACCUUCUCGAGAGGAAACGUCACAGCCGAUGAGUUCUGGGAGGGCAUGGAUUCUUUCCACGCUCUGGCACCCGCAUGGACGGAGGCCGGAAUUUUCACUUACUGGUCUGUUGCCUGCACUGACACAAUCGACUGUACUCUAUCAAUGGCUCCCCAAAUUGCCCCUGGUUUGAGCAUGGAGGAACUCAAAGCCAUUAACGCCCCCCUCUUCAACAACCUCAGUUCCAUUGGAGUGGUUGUUGAGAACCUCAACUACACCACAUUUGACGGGUAUCUUGCCGCUUACGAAGAUACCUGGACAACCGAUUCCAACACCGCCGGAUACUGGUUCUUCCAUACCACCUCCCGCAUCUUCCCCGAAAGUAACUGGAAGAACGCCGAGAAGCUCGCCGCCCAGAGUGCCGUGCUGCGCGGCACCGCCGAGGCUGGCGGCAUGGUCACAAUUUACUACGUCAAGCCCCCAAUCAACUCAGCCCUGAACCAGAGCAACGCUGUUCUUCCGGCAUGGCGCACAGGUCUCGCAUUUGCCAUGUCCAACGUCGUCUACGGCGCAAACUACACUGGCGAGCAGAUUGCCGAGGCCAACAGGGCAGCAGUCAAGGCUCUGCAGCCGUGGCGUGAUGUGAGUCCGGGCUCUGGCACCUACCUGAACGAAUGUGACAUCAAUGAGCCCGACUUCCAGCACGCACUUUACGGUGACAACUAUGCUUAUUUGUACAUGCUGAAAAAGAAGUAUGACCCCUGGGGUCUUUUAUACGCUACUCAAGCUGUGGGUUCUGAGGACUGGUAUAUAACGGGUCAGAUCGAGUACUACCCGACCCAGAACGGGCGGUUAUGUCCUGCUUAG